UCUUCUUGUUAAACGUUCGAUUUGAUUUUCUGCUGCAAAACUCAUGCCGUCCACCGAUGGUACCUAACAUUGCAGAAUCAUCGCGAAACUCUCGAUGUUAUUGACAACGAAUGAAUAAUUCACCAGGCCAACAGUGACGCUACUACUAACUCGAUGUCGCACACAUCUAACGCGAAACGCUCUCGCGCAACUUCGGUAGAUGCGUUGCAUACACUUGCGUGCGAUCGUUGAGCGGCGGUUUAGCGAUUGGCCGGCCGACAUGUGACAUGCGCGUUGUUGACCAAUGGGAGCAAAAUCAGGGGACAAAACUCAGGCUCACCAGCAAUAUGGCUGUCAGUAUAAAUUUGAUGCUUGUAACAUGAGUUUCUCUCCGAGAAAUUUGACAAACGUAUGCGCAGUUUCGCGACACGCGCAGCGUGAUGUGACUUUCGUGAGCGUGCUACGCUGGGAUACGGCAAUGCAGGUUGGCUGAUGUUGGUGCGAGGCAGUGAGAACGCUUCCCGAGAGAGAACAGUUUGUUUCAUAUCAGAGCUGGAGAAUCGAUGGUUUGAGUACUACUGAAAACUACUUGAUAGUGUAUUCAUAGGUGAUCUAUCCAACAAUAUUACACACAAUCAUGACAUCAAGAUUAGACAGAUUAUUCAUACUGUUGGAGACUGGGACAAAUAUAUCAACCAAACGAGCAGCUGCACAACAGUUGGGAGAGGCACAGAGACUACAUCCUCAUGAUUUGCAUCAUUUGUUAGCGAGAGUUUCUACCUUACUAAAAUCUUCGCAAUGGGACACCCGAAUAUCUGCUGCUCAUGCUGUGCAGGCUAUACUUUCUCAAGUACCAUCUUGGAAUCCAGAUCCUGUUAAUAAAAAACCUGAUGAAUUAGACGCAGCAAGACGCAAGACCUCUGCAAAAUUGAAAUUAGAAAACUUUGAUGUGAGCAAAGUCCUAGCUCGUAGUACACAUCUUACUGGAUCUGAGGGCAGUGAGUAUGAUUUAAUCAUAGCAGAAGGAGAGCAACUUUCGGUACCCGACCAGAAGGAAAACCUAGCGAUGAAACUAGGUUUUCAUCCACGUCUAAUGGAUUUCACUGCUGACUUAUUUACCAUUGAGGACCUUACAAUGCAAUCGAGCUGCACGAAACACACUACGAUGUCUGUCAAUGAGACUUUAAAACAGUCAGAAGGAUUAAGCAGAAGGGAAAUGAACAGAGCAAAGCGCAAGGCACGUCAGUCAGUGUCGAAGCAACGUUCACGUGAGCCUGAUGAUCGCGAAGACCAUGUGAAUUCAACGAACGUCCAGUCACCAGACGAUUCUGAACCUUUAACCAAAAAAAUAUUAGUAGAGGAAAUGAUCUCAUCGGAUGCUGGAUCAAAGUCAACCAGCGCAUACAACGAGCAAGCGAGCGGCGUUCCAGAUAUAACUGGAUGCUGGCCAGAUUCUGUCAUAGAUUGGCCUUUAGAAUUUUUCGCGGAGAGUCUGUGUCAGGACUUGUUCAGUCAAAAGUGGGAAGUACGUCAUGGAGCAGCGACGGCUUUACGCGAACUUAUAAGACUCCAUGGCAGAGGAGCAGGCAAAUCUCGAGAUCAGACAUUGGAGGAAAUGAGAGAGAGCCAUCACAGAUGGAUAACUGACGCCGCUUUACGAUUAUUAUGCGUAUUGGGUCUUGAUCGGUUUGGAGACUUCGUUUCCGAUCAAGUCGUUGCGCCAGUACGAGAAACAUGUGCGCAAGCAUUAGGCUCUCUUCUGAUGUUAGUGCCGGCUAAGUCACAGGUCGACGGUACAGUUGACGUUUUUCAUGGAUUACUUUCAGUAAUGAUGAAGUUACUGGAACACUACGAGUGGGAGGCCAGGCACGGUGCUCUUCUUGCGCUCAAAUAUUUACUCGCUGUACGGAACGACUUAUUGGAUGAAGUACUGCCAAGAGUGUUUCCCUCUGUUAUACAAGGAUUGUCUGAUCCUGUGGACGACGUUGGUGCAGCUGCCGCAAGUGCGCUUAUACCGGUAGCAUCGGCACUCCCACGAUUAUUCAAACCAUCGGAGCUUGAGGCGAUCGUGACACGGCUUUGGCGAUUAUUGAAAGAACAAGAUGAUCUUGCAGCCGCCUGCAACAGUUUCAUGGGUCUGUUGGCAGCGAUACUUUCAUUGCCGACCGCACAAGCUUGUUUAAAACCUCAACCGUUAUCGCAGGUAUUACCACGUUUAUGGCCGUUUCUCAGCCACCCGAGUUCAAGCGUACGUAAAGCUACACUGCAGACGAUGCGAACUCUCACUGGCGACGAUCGUAACGAGGACAAGCAAGAACGAUGGGGCGAGAACGGUGCAUUUGGACUUCAGGAAGCAUUGCGACAUGUGUAUCAGUGUGUGUUGAUCGAGCAUAUUCCUGCAAUACAGGACGUAGCGGAAAACGUCUGGGAGAAUCUAGUCGUAAAUAGUGAUCUCGAAUUAUUGCUGCAUGCGACAUGCCCUCUCAUCAGUACGUGGCUCUGUCUCGCUAUGCAGCCGGAACAUGUGCCGUUUAACCCAAGUUUAUUGGUGACAGUAACCAGUAAUACCAAGAUUACUAAGCCGUAUAAUCAGACGAUCACCUAUUCCGACGGCCAGUCUGACUCGAACGACAAUAGCAGUAACACCAAUGUGAACACAAAGUCGUUGUCCGAACUGAAGAUGUACAUCGGAGGGAUCGAGACGGUGGCACAGAAUGUGCGAAAGGUGAACGCGGUACAGGUUCGUUGCAGGGCGUCUCGCAUGCUAGGAUUGUUGUCGUAUUAUGUGGUGCAACCAGCGCCCGGUGUUGUUUAUACACCGGAGAUACAAAGUCCUACGCUUUGUUACGCUAAGGUGUUACUGGCAUAUCUCAAUUCAAGAUCAGCCUUACAACGUACUGUCGCAGGGCUCACGAUGUCACACUGGGCGAACGUAGAUCCUCUGAAGCCGCCUGUGAUACCGGACAUACUCAGGGAAAAACUGCUGGUCUGUUUGAACGAGUGUGUAUACUAUGACGAAAUCGCAAAUGCUUUUACUCGUUUGUUACACGAAAGUCGAGAUUAUAUCGCAACCUUAAAGCAUUACGGACUUCCGGUGCCUAUCGAAGUGGAUACAACUGGUUUAAUGACUCUCGACCAAAUCAUGACGAUCACUGGAAAAAAAAUUUCGACACUUUGCACCAUGGGUGCCAAAGGUCAUACGAAACCAGGCGGUCCUUUUAAUGUUAGUUCUUCUCCAAUAAACAUUAAGAUAAAACCCAAAUUAAACGAUGAAUUGGAGGAAAGGAGGCAAGCGUUGCAAACCGGAGCGUCCACAACGAUGACGCAACAACAUAUGUUGCACGUGAUGUCAGCAGCUGCGCUCGCCGGUGCCGCUACGAUGUUACGUUGUUUACCGCCAUCACCACAGCCACUUAACCCAGUGGUAAAGCCAUUGAUGGAAGCUAUAAAACGCGAAGAAAAUGAGGAACUUCAAAAAUUAGCUGCGAAGCAUUUAGCUCGCUUGGUCGACGCUUGCGUUGAUAGAAAACCGUCGCCAAAUGUGAAGAUCUCCACUAAUUUAUGUGCAUUUCUAUGUUCCGACGUGGAAUUUACACCACGAGUUUCAUGCGGAGGAGACGCAAAUGUAACCGACGGAAUUCUUACGUUGAAUAAUAGGCAAAAACACGCCGAGAGAAUAGCGUACAAUCGCGGUGCAAGUGGCGGACUUGGGAGCACUAGAAGUCCCGGUAGACCGCCGACGACUGAGAUCCCUCUAGAAGAGUUACUUUCUUGCGAAGAACCGGAAGCUAAAGCCGCCAGAACGCGUCGUCGAGGAGCCACUUUUGCAUUGACAACUAUAGCUGAUUUUUUCGGUCCGCAAUUGCCAUCUCGUCUGCCUCAUCUCUGGGAACUAAUAAUGGCAAGCUUAUUAAAGAAGGUAAAGAAUGAAGUCGGACCUGAGAAAAUAAUUGAGGAGGAAGGGAAUCAAUUGAUCUUUGGUUUACAAGUUUUGGAGACCAUGGCACCUAGUUUAAAUAAGUUGAUUUUGCCACCGGCGCUGGAUCGUCUGCCACAUUUGUGUAAUUUAUUAGCGCAUUCGUACAAAGCAGUCAGACACAUGGCGGCACGAUGUAUAGCUACGUUAGCAAAACUUAAUACGGAAAAGACGAUGGUACACAUAAUACGCUCCGUCAUACCGAUGUUGGAAACAAGCGGCGGUGAAAGGAGAAAUUCUGUCGGCACUGUAACUCCAGGCAACGUCGAUUCAGUACGUCAAGGAGCGGCGGAAGCAUUGGCUUGCCUUGUCGAAAGUUUGGGAGUACAAGUAGUACCAUAUGCUGUGCUCUUCAUGGUACCGUUACUCGGACGUAUGAGCGAUCAGAAUCAGUCAGUGAGAUGGAUUUGCAGCUCGACGUUCGCCACGCUCGUUCAAUUAUUACCACUGGAUCCUGGGGCAAUCGGAGAUCCGCCAAAUUUAGUGCAAGAGAAGAGGCAAGAGCGAUUGUUCUUGGAACAACUAUUAAAUCCGCGAACUAUCCCCGACACGGAACUGCCAGUUUCUGUAGCCACGGAGUUACGGUCUUAUCAACGACAGGGCUUGAAUUGGCUGAAUUUCUUGAAUCGCUAUCACCUGCACGGUGUAUUGUGCGACGACAUGGGUCUUGGUAAGACAUUACAGACUCUUUGUAUAUUAGCGUUGGAUCAUCAUCGCAAUGCAGAUGCGCCGCCGAGUUUGGUAGUGUGUCCACCAACACUUACCGGUCACUGGGUAUACGAAGUAGAGAGAUUCUUCAAGACAAAAGACCUUCCGGUGAUCCACUUUGCCGGGCCGCCGCAGGAACGCGAAAGACUGCGUCCUUUAGUUGUUCAUUACAAGCUUGUGGUCGUGAGCUACGACAUUAUACGGAAAGAGAUUGAAUUUUUUGGGGGCCGUCAAUGGAAUUAUUGUGUGCUCGAUGAGGGUCAUAUAAUAAAGAACGGUAAAACAAAGAGUGCGAAGGCCGCCAAACGAUUGCAUGCCAAUCACAGACUCAUAUUGUCCGGAACACCUGUACAGAACAAUGUGCUCGAAUUAUGGUCUCUGUUUGAUUUCCUGAUGCCGGGUUUUCUCGGUAGCGAGAAACAAUUCGCAGCGAGGUAUUCCCGUCCUAUAUUAGCCUGCAGGGAACCCAAAGCAGGGCCGAAGGAACAAGAGGCCGGUGCUUUAGCCAUGGAAGCUCUUCAUAGACAGGUAACUUUGAUAAAUCGAUUUGAUUAUAUUUGUUAAUAUUUUUCCUUAGAAUAUGCCUUAAUAAUAGAAGGUAUCUAAACUUCAGUAUAACAUCCGUCGUAUGCAGGUAAAGCAC